AUGUCUGACGAUCGCCUUCGAUGGAUUCCUUUGGAGAGUAACCCUGAGGUCUUUAACAAGUGGGCGAAACGCGCUGGUCUGAUCACAGGCCAGGACGCGUUCACGGAUGUGUAUGGAUUGGACCCAGAGCUUCUGGCGAUGGUACCCCAGCCAGUCAAAGCCGUCGUCCUUCUCUUCCCCGACAGUCCAGACACUCAUAAGCAGAAGAACGAGGAGGACGCACGGAUAGCUGCUCAAGGUGGUCAACCCCACCUCGAUCCUACGAUCUUCUACGUGAAGCAGAAGAUCAGCAAUGCUUGCGGCACUAUCGCCCUUAUCCACGCUCUCGCCAAUUCGGAUGUAACUUGGGCACCCAACAGCCCCCUCCACAACUUUAUCGUUGACGGAAAAGACAAGACGCCAGAAGAACGAGCAGAUCUCCUCCAGUCCAGGACCCUGUUCUCCGACAUUCACGCUGAAAGUGCUCAGGAAGGCCAGACGAUCCCAGAUGUGAACACGGAUCUCCACUUCACCUGCUUCGUCGCUGCGCCAGAUGCCGAUAUAAGAAAGGUUGCGACCGGAGAAGAGUCGCCAGAUCAGGUUUCGACUGGGGGCGAUGGAGAUACUGGAUUGCGCCUCGUCGAAUUGGAUGGACGACGACCUGGACCUAUUGACCAUGGUGUCUGCACAGACUUGUUGAAUGACGUGGCGGCCCUUGUCAAGAAGCGAUACCUGGCCAAGACUGAAAGUGUUUACUUCAACUUGAUGGCCCUCGCCCCACCCUUGCAGUAG